AUGAGUGAGAAUAAUCUAGUGCACCACUACACUGUUUUAAAACAGUUUCUUGAUAUUUCAGAUGAUCAGCAGACAAGAUCGAAAUCAACAUCAUCAAGAGCUCAAAGAGCCAGAGAGAAAUUGCUAAAACUAUCAGCUGCCCAAUUUAAAGAGUUAAGUACAGAUGUUUAUGACGAGUUGAAACGUAGGAUUGACGAAAGUAGAGGAGAACCAGAUUACUUGUUACCUAAAUCAUCGUUUCAUCCUAAAAGAAAUCAAGCUAGACAAAAGUUGGCAUCUUUACCUCAAACGAGAUUUAAGGAUUUAGUGGCUGACAUAUCUUACGAGAUUGAAAGAAGAGAGCUUCAUAUCGAACAUAAAGAUUCAGCUGAACCUCGUCGCACAUCCUUAUCAUCUAAUCAUACUAACAAUGCACACAUUUCACAUGAGCGCAAAGCUUCGCAAGCAUCUUCACAUGCUACAAAUGGUUAUCAUAGCCGUCUGACGUCACAUCAUGCUAAUGAUUUUCAUCCACAAGAGCAUCAUCACAAGGUUCCCGAUGACCAAUUGAACCACUCGGAAGAUCAUGUCACCUCUAGUAAGAAUAUCACAAUACCUGAUGCAGAAGCUUCAAACCAGUCCAUUGGUAUUCAGCAGUCUACGGUGAUUCCCACGAAAGCAAACCUCACUUGGUCAAGCGAUGAAGAGGAUGAUGAAAAAGAUACCAACGAUAAGAAAGAGGAAGAGGGCCCACCCCAACAAAGGCAGAUCAAUGGCGAUCAAAUAGGACUGCAACAGGUGGAGUUUGAGAGGAGCAAGAUCUUAGAGUUGGAGAAAGAAUUGGAUGCCUUUAAAAAGCAGUUGAACAACGUAGAGAAACAAAAGGAGGCGCUUUCAGAGAAGUUGACAUCCUUGCAAGAUGAUUAUGACUUUUCCGUUAAACAAAACAAAUCCCUUAGUGAGGAGCUCGAACUGUUGGGUCAAGAAAAAGAGAAUUGGAUUUCCAAACACGAAACUUUGAGCAAAUCUUUACAGGCCAAUGACAAGUCUGAAGAGCUUGAAAAAUUGAAAUCGAUAAAUGCAGCUUUAAGGCUUGAAAACCAAUCGUUGAAGAACACUUCGCCUGUUAACAGAUCGAUAUCAAACCAGUCGCCCAGCCAACCAGAUUUACAAACAAAAGCUAGCAAUGCCAACAUAGCUGGCUUUUUGGACAAAUUAGAGAAAAUCGAUAUGCCUUCAGCUAGCAACCCCUCUACCUUAGAGUUGAAGAAUCAAGUCAAACAGUGGCAACGUAGAUAUGAAGACUCCAGAUCCAAAUUUAUUGCAAGUGAGAUCAAGAAAACUACUUUGUCAAAAAUUGAAUUGAAAUCAUUCAUAUCUCCGCAAGGAUUAAUCUCGAUAAAAUUGGUCAGUGACGCGCAAGCCUUGUUGGAGUCUUUUCUCGUGUACAUUGCUGAUAACUGGGAUGUCAAUGUCAUGUUUGAGAAAGUUUCAAAAAUUGCUGUCAUUAUGAAUGAAAUUGCUGCACAGGGGGAGCAUCAAGUUCCAAAUAGUAACGAGCAUUCAAUUUUGUUGCGAGAAGCUGCUGCAUAUGCCUUGACUGCUACUAGGUACCAUGCUACGUACAGGCUGUUAUUCCCAAAGUUUAUUGUUGAGAAAGCGUUAGGGGAAAUGAAUUGUGUCCUUUGUGACUUGGUUGCGGCUUCAAAACUUAAUGAGAAUUCGACAAACUUGAGAAAGCUUGAACCGGAGAAGAAAAGUUCGGCUACACCUUCGCAAGUAGAUUAUGGUGUUAGACCUUUGAAAAUGGCCAACAAAUUGAAGCUGAGUAAUCCAAAUAUGAUUAAUGGAACUUAUUAUCAGACACCGCCCCAGAAACAACAACAACAGCGAACACCACCCCAAAAUACAAAGCAGUCCCCUCCUCAAAGAUCUCAACAAACACAACCCAGCACGAUUCAACAAUCGCCACCGGAAAGGAAGGAUUCGUGUUUAAAGUCUGGCGAAGAGACAUCGAUGCAAGGAGUAUCCUAUGAGCCUAAAAAACGCGGGGAAGAAUUACAAUUGAAACAAGAACAUCAUUUUGAGCAUGAUAAAACACUGCAUCCUGAUGGGCUUCGUAGAAUACAACAACUUUCCCCUGAAAUUUCCAGGCAGCAGCCGCAUUAUAGUGGGCAGCCGUCAUCGGAAUCGAAUGCUCCCACUGCUCAGCCGGUAUCUGUAAAUCACAAGAGCCUGGCUGAUGGUCUUAGUCAUGAAAACAAUCCUUCCCAAAACCCAUUUGUGGCAUCGGUUACGGGCAGAGGUGAUAGCAUUGUCCCCCAAACUAUUGAAAGAGAUGCAGUGCCUUUAGCUAACAGAGACAUCAAUAGGGAGCCAAUAGCUGAAAAGCAUCCGGAUAGACACAUUGGCAAUGCAAAAACUUUGACACCAUCUCCAUCAAAAACAGAAAGGGCCACCAACGUCUCAACCCUUGGCCGCAAAUUUGCAGAAGCAGCAGUCAAUAAUGAUCAGUCUUCCCCGCCAGCAAUGAAAACCACGCCAACAAAGAAGGGUAACAUAAUGGAUAGAGUGAAACAGUUUGAAAGCUCACCCGAUGGUCAAAUGAGGUCGAGCCCGCAACGUUUCCAAAGAUCUCCAAGAUCUUUUGAAUCAACUGAUGAAAGCGAUGCACCAAGAAGACUUGCAGACCCGUUCACUUCUAAGUUACAAGGAGAGCUUGAAGGAUCAGCACCAAUUGCUAGAAAUGAUGAUACUGAUACCGAUGUUCCGCUUGCUGGUAGAGGUAGGGGUAUUUUGCAAUCAUUUAAAGACAGGUCCAAUACAGAAUCAAAUUCAAAUGACCUUAAUGUGGAUGCAAAACCAGAACACCUGUCUGGAAAGGAUGAUGAGGGACUGAAUCGUGAAGCAGGAUAUAGUAGAGCACAAAGCAAAAAUGCACCUGCAAAAGAAGAAGCAAGAAGAGUUGGUGAUUUUGCACCCAUCAAGCACACAUUUGAUGACAACGAGCCUGAAGUCCGUGUGAGGAUAAGCUCUCCUAAAAUGCCUCUUGAAACAAGCUCGCUGGGUGAAUCCGAUGAUGAUUACGAAGACGAAAGGGAUACACAAUCAGAAGCUAGGCAAAGGCAAGAAUAUCGUAAAUCGAUGGCUGCUGCAACCUUUAAUGUUGACUUGUUUGAUAUUGAUGACCCUGACAACACUUUAACACAAGUGUUGCUUUAUCUUGAACAUCAAACAGUGGAAGUUAUCAAUACUAUUCAAUCAUUACUUGGGGCUAUUAAGAAGCCCAAUGCCACAAGGAGUGAUUUGCGUCAAAAAUCGAAAGCCAUUACUAUUGUUAUAUCCCAAAUGUGUGAGGCUACAAACACUUCAAUGAAUCAGACACGUAAUGCGCAAUUGAAGGAACACGGAAGUUGGGUAGUGAAGUCAUUGGAAGAUUGUUACCACCGAAUGGAUGUCUUGUGUAAACCAGCGCAAGACUCCAAUGAGGGGCAAUUUGCUGAUAAGAAUUUCAAACAAAGGUUAGCAGGCAUUUCCUUCGAUAUUGCUAAAUGUACUAAAGAGUUAGUCAAGACUGUUGAAGAAGCCAGUCUUAAAGAAGAUAUCGCUUACCUUGAUGCUAGACUUAGUCGUAAUGAUGAAGAUUUGACAUAA